CAUUUUAGUCGAGCAAUAAACUGAAAAUACCAACGGUCGUACAUACCGCAUCUUUACUAGUUUAAACAUUGACUCUUUGGUCUUCCCUUACACUGCUUCCUCGAAGCCCUUUUUCUAGAUCGCUUUAACCCAGACAAGGAAUGAAAGACAAAACAUGUAUAGUAUAUAUAUGUGUAUGGUAAUCCUGUUCAGAUAGUGUCUUGUCUGAAAGACUGCUAGAGAUAGAGGGCUCGAAGAGGAAGAUAUUGCACAUUCAAGUAAUGGGUUGGGGAGCAUUUCUUGAGCUUUUUGCUAAAUUGUUCGAUGUUCUUUCCUGGCCUUCCUUUACUCUGGUCUUUCCUCUGUUUGCUUCUGUUCGAGCAAUAGAAACUGAUUCAGAAUCCAAAAAUCAGCAAUGUCUUUCUUUCUGGGUUCUGUUUGCUUUGGUUAAAAUCUUAGAGUCUGCCCUUGCAAAUCUUUUGAAAUGGUUUCCUUUCUGGCCUUACACAAAGGGUGUCAUCACUGUUUUGCUAGUGAUACCAUGCUUCAGUGGUGCUUUUUAUGUCUACAGGCAAUUUAUUAGGUCCCAUAUUUCUGAAAGUCCACUUGUAUGGAAAUGGAACAUCUUUUCUGUUGACUCUAUCCCAAGGGGAGAAAAUUUAAUUGCAAGUGAAAAGGAAGACUUGGUUAAUGUGGUUGCAAAGAACAUUUUUGAGGUUGAAGAUGAACCAGAGAGACACAUCUUAUAUCAGGGAAACUCUGAAUGUGCUUAUGAAACAACAUUAAGGGAGUUUAUUUGUCCUGUAAGUGCAAAAAAUAUUCAGAAGGAAUGGUGUUGUGCUCUUUGUCUGGUAAGCACUACCAGUAAAACAUGUUUGUCUAUACAUGUUAAGGGGACUAAACACAGAGCCAAAGUAGAAGAGUUAAAAGCCUACAAAAAGGCCAAAAAGAAUGGAUACAAGUCCUCUUUAGUGACGAAGAGACCCAAUGGGAUAAUUUUGCUUAACCAAUUUGCUUGCAGUCUUAGAUCAAUUAGAUUCUGUAGAUGGAGAAAGCCAGAUCCUGGAUGGAAAAAAUUAAAUACCGAUGGAUCUUUGGAUCGAGAAAAUGCUAGUUUUGGAGGUUUGCUUCGUGAUUUCGAGGGUGAACCGUUAUGUGCUUUCGUCUCUAAAGCUCCUAGAGAUGAUAUUUUCUCAAUCGAACUCGGGGCUAUAUGGAGAGGCCUAGUUCUUGCUCUGGGUCUUGGGAUUAAAUAUAUUUGGGUUGAGUCUGAUUCUAUGAGUGCUGUGAAAACCAUUAAUAAUGAGCAGUCUUAUAAUCAGAAAGCAGAUACCUGUUUGAAUAAGAUUUGGGAACUUCUUAAGAAUUUUGAUGACUAUGAGAUAACUCACUCGUGGCGAGAAACUAAUAGAGCAGCUGAUUAUCUUGCAAAGAUGGUUAUUUUGGGAAAUGAUGUUGUACUUUCACCAGUCAAUUUUCCACCAACAUUACGGAGUAUUAUCAAGGCUGAUGCUCAAGGCACGAUUUAUUUAAGGGGUACUUCUAACUCCUAGUUGCAUGAGAGACUACAAUCACACUGUUUGCGGGGGGAGGGGAGGAUGAAAAGAGAUUAAAAUAUGUUACAUUAAUAAUUCUUGAUAGCAUGGGAUGGUUUUUCUCCUAAGUAUCCAAACAUGACGAAGCUGGUAGACAAUGUUGCAAGACUAUUAUGGUUCUGCUUUGUUACAGGUGGUUGGGGCAGAGUCAGUAGUAGGAACUUGCCUUUUGUUAAAGAGAGAUGAGGUAACUAUUCAUUAGACCCUUGGCAUCUUGUCUGUAGUAACCCAGUUGAAACGAACAAAGCUACCGAAUCAGGUUUCUGCAUUCUCAUAUUUCUCAUUUCUAACAUGCAGCUGGAUUUUUGUUCUCCAGGAUAUGUAGUGCUUGAAUUUGAUUUAUGAGAUUU